CACCCUCUCUCUCUCGCUUCAGAUCCUCCUCGAUCGUUUCCUGGAGCCCGCUGGCGCGCCUUCAGAUUCAUCCUUUAGCGCCCCCGCAUACUCUGGCUAUCGCGCACUUCCGCUUUCAUUGUUUUUGAAAAUUAUUUUUGAACCUCGCAGCCCUAUCACUGUCUCAUCGUGCAGUGGCAACAGUUCGCGUUAAUUUUGUUGCAGUGACGAGGAUCCUUCCAUCGUGGUCUUCCUUUCACCGCGUCCCUCUGAAUUGAUGGUGGUCGGCGGUGAAUUUUAGGGGGUAGGAUUUGGUGAGUUGGGUGCAUUAGUGUGGUGCGGGAGCGAUUUUCCGGGGAGGCGGUCUUGGAAAGGGCAAUACAUUGGAGGUAUUCGAGCAGAAUGUGAGUGUGUGUGUUUAUGUUUUUUUAGUUGUGGAACGCUGAUGCGGUGUGUCGCAUGGGUAUCUUCAUCAGCGAUUCUCUGUUGGUUUCUUUUUAAAGAAAUGUAUUGGGAUUCGAGGCAGAGGUGAGGCUGUGGGUUUGAUUCCCGCUUCGUUCAUUGGAUUUAUAGCACUGUGGCUGGUGUUGGUUUAUGAAGAUAUUGGAGUUCGGGCCGGAGAUGAUGCCGCGAACAGGGGGGUGUUGAGUGACUUUCUGAUGGGUGCUUGCUAAUCCGAAUGCCUCAGCUGGUGCGGCUGAAGGUGGUCGUCUCGUCGAGUUAUUCCCGCCUAGGCCCGCUUUAGGAUUCUGUAGAGUUCCACGAUUAGUUUCAUGUGUUUGUGUUUUCUUGUUGAGCUGCGUUGCAGAAUGUGGGUCGCCUCGAGUGGAUUCAAAGCCAGUGAUGGCAGGUGCGAAUAAUCACUAUUUCUGCUUCACGAUCCGAAUGUGACUGGGAGUUUGUGUGCUCGUGUGAGAGCUGACGAGGUUAACGCUUGCUCCUAUGUUCUGAAGGCGAGUUGCUGUUGGACAUUGUUUUCGAACUGUGCGAUUCACCGCCCGUUUUACAUACUCUUUUGUUUGUUUCGCCACUCUGUCUCCUAGAGGUACUGGUGUUGUUGUAAGAUCAGCCAUAGUUAGGUAAGCUACCUGCAUUGCCGUACCCUGCAAAUUCGUUUCUAUCGAAACGCGGAACCCGAGAAGUAGGUUACAGAACCUUACCGUGAUGAUUUAAGACCUCGUGACCAUGGUUCGUGCGUGAGCUAAUUUCGUAUUUCGACAACGUCUUCGUUACGUAGAAGUUUAAACGGCAAGAUGUUGCGUCCGUCAACAGAGGCAAAAACAUUCUACAAAGUGUCACAAGCAGGUGAAAUGAAGGCGAAGAACUUUUUGAGCUCGCAGAAGGGCCGCAGACUGGUGAAGGCAGUGAAUUCUCUUAAGAUCACUGUUCUGUGUGGGUUUAUCACUAUUCUAGUGCUUCGCGGUACAUUGGGGCCUGGUGGGCUCUUUGGGGGCAGCGCUGCCCCACAUUCGGUUGAUUUGAGAGAGCAGAUUAUAAAAGCACAGAGGGCAAAGGUCUUAGCUCAGGUUGAGGAUGCCGUUCCUGAUAAUGCCACUGCUAGCAAGUUCGUUGAAGAGGAGAAAUGGGAUCCCAGUACGCCUUACACUCUGGGCCCGAAAAUCACCGACUGGGACUCCCAACGUGAAAAGUGGAACACUCUGAAUCCUGGCAUGAAUAAGACUCUGAGUGGGAGACCAAAGACGUUGCUCGUGUCGGGUUCCCAGCCUAGUCCUUGCGCUAAUCCGAUGGGCGACUUCUACCAUCUGAAGUUUCUGAAGAACAGGAUUGAUUACGCUCGCCUUCACGGCCUCGAAUUUUUCUACAACAUGGCGACUUUCGAGAAGGAAAUGAGCUCGUUUUGGGCCAAGCUUCCACUUCUGAGAAAGAUGAUGCUUAACCACCCCGACGUCGAGUGGAUAUGGUGGAUGGACAGCGAUGCUAUCUUUACGGACAUGACCUUCGAGAUGCCCAUGGAGAAGUAUGGGAAGAACAACUUGAUCGUGCACGGGUUUCAUAAUCUUCUAUUCGAACAGCAUAGUUGGAUAGGUCUCAAUACGGGAAGUUUCCUCAUUCGAAACUGUCAGUGGUCAUUAGAUUUGCUCGACGCAUUGGCUCCCUUUGGCCCAGAAGGUGAAACUAGGGUUAAAGCAGGCGAAUUAUUUACUGAUAAGCUUGUUAAUCGACCGGUUUUUGAAGCGGAUGACCAGUCUGCGCUAGUUUAUAUCAUACUGUAUGGCGAUCCUAAGUGGAAGGCAAAUACGUAUGUUGAGUGGGAAUUUUUCUUGCAUGGAUACUGGAAGUUCGUAGUUUACAACUACGAGAAAAUGAUGGCCAAGGACCACCCAGGGUACGGAGAUGAGAGGUGGCCUUUUGUGACUCACUUCGUGGGGUGCAAACCUUGCAAAUUAGGAGCUAAUGUGGAGAAUGACGAAUGUUUCAAGCAGAUGGAGCGUGCCUUCAAUUUCGCAGAUAACCAGGUGCUCGAGAAAUAUGGUUAUUCUCACGCGGCUCUUGGUUCGUUCAAGACGCGAAAAAUUCGUAGAGACUCUACUGAUCCACUGGGCUUAGAGAACAUCUCGAAGAAAGAGACCGACCAUACCACAGCCGAACCCAGGUUGCUGCAACAAUCUGCACAGGGAGAGAACUUCGACUCCUCAAUCAUGAAGUAGGAAGCAACUUACUACUCGGCAGCGGAUGUAAAAUCUUGUCAGUACUUGGACCUGUUCGCAUGAAUUUUCCCUUCAGGAUGCUGUCACCCCGAGCCGAGAUUCUGAAAGUAAAAUAGCGGAGGUUAUGGGUCCCUAAAAACCUCAGCGGCUUAUUUUUUUCAACGAUUCAAGCUCACACUUCAGAUCUCCAUGCGCUCGCUGGAGGGGUUCCCGUUUCAGUUUACUACACUUCUGACAAAUCAGUUCCAAAUACGAAGACUAUGUUGCGAACUGCAUUUAUCAUGAUGUUGGAAAUAGGGCGGUGUGUGACUUGGGUUGCGAAAUCAAGGUCAUUGCCACACCUCGAUGGUCAUCUGGAUGCCAGUUGCGGUUUGAGCCCUUGUACCGUAGAACAUUAGUCUUUUUCAACCUUAAUCCAAACGGAUACGAUUUCGAUAAAAUUGAUCAUGUUCGUCCCCUUUCAAUCUGGACACUGAAUGCUCUGCUAAUUUAUCCUUCAUUUCUUACAUUUGUUGAACGAAUACGUAUCACGCAGUUUACAGUUGAUAAAUUGUCUCCAAGUCGUGAUCCGUCUGUCACCACACAGGUUUAUCUCAGGGAUUCCAGGGAACAGUACAACUUCUGAGGCAAUUUCUUCAGCCAGCUUUUGCAGAGGAGAUUGAAACUGAUUAAACUCUGAAUAAUAACUGUACGAUGGUCCGUUCGAACUUCGGACUUUCUCCUGUACGCGCUGCCUUGAAUGCUUGGCGGCGAAUCCCAAGUUUACGGGUAGAUUUCUUCAUCCUCUUUGUUUGGAUUGCAUGCACAAAAUGGGAUCAACUUGUGUUUUGUUCAGCAAGCUUCUCGUGUGAGGGUUUUAUAAGGCAAUUAAAGUUGUAUUUUAACAACUAA